CCUUCUCCCACAAUCCCUCCCGGUCUUCCUUUCUAACCCCGGACGAGCAAGAUGGCUCCCGCAAAGAAGGGCGGCGAGAAGAAGAAGGGCCGGUCCGCCAUCAACGAGGUGGUGACCAGAGAAUACACCAUCAACAUUCACAAGCGCAUCCAUGGAGUGGGUUUCAAGAAACGUGCCCCUCGGGCACUCAAAGAAAUACGGAAAUUUGCCAUGAAGGAGAUGGGAACUCCGGAUGUACGCAUUGACACCAGGCUCAACAAAGCUGUCUGGGCCAAAGGAAUAAGGAAUGUCCCAUACCGUAUCCGUGUGCGGUUGUCCAGAAAACGGAAUGAAGAUGAAGAUUCACCAAACAAGCUCUAUACGUUGGUUACCUAUGUACCUGUCACCACUUUCAAAAAUCUACAGACAGUUAAUGUGGAUGAGAACUAACUGCUGAUUAUCCAAUAAAGUUACAGAGCUGCCUUCGCA